AUGGAGCUUGCAAACAUCUCUGAGCUUCGGCUGCUGCUACUGCUGCUUCUCAUGGCUUCUUGCUUCGCGACCGACGAUCCGGCGACGGUGGGCGACAAUGAUCUCGUCGUCGGACGGGUUUUCUGCGACCGAUGCAUCGAGGGCCGCUUCUCCGAGUACGCAAUCUUCGUCAAAGAACUCUUGCUCAAUAGAACUUACCACUGGCGAUGGUUUGAUCGCGUUCCAGGUGCCAAAGUCGCACUCGAAUGCACGCAGCAAGACGGGGGGAUUCACGUCGUCGAGGCAGUGACGGACUCGGCCGGAGCGUUCGCCAUUCCGGUGGACGAGCCCGGCUCUUCGUGCGCCGUGAAGCUGCUGAGCACUCCCACUCCGCAGUGCAACAUCGCGGCCAAGCACGCACAGACGCUCAACGCCAACAUGCGCACCAAGGACAACGUUAUCUACGUCGGCCUUCUCAGCUUCCGGCCCGAGGAGCCGCUUCCCAUCUGUUCCCAAAGGGCUUACUACGCUUCGCCGCCGCUGCCACCCGAGUACUGCUACGCACCACCGGCAUACUCUUCUCCAGCACCUGUAAGUCGACCGCCAUCACCCCCUCCAGCGUACUCCUCUCCAGCACCGAUAAGCCGACCACCAUCGCCACCUCCAGCGUACUCUUCACCAGCACCGAUAAGUCGACCGUCAUCGCCACCUCCGUAUGCUUCUCCAGCGCCGAUAAGUCGACCACCAUCGCCACCACCGUACUCUUCCCCAGCACCAGUUAGUCGGCCACCGUCGCCACCACCUUACUCGUCUCCAGCACCAGUCAGUCGGCCACCAUCGCCACCACCUUACUCAUCCUCAGCACCGCCAGCUUACUCCUCCCCAGCACCUAUAAGUCGACCACCAUCGCCGCCACUGUACUCUUCUCCCGCUCCUAUAGUCCGCUCCUCCCCGCCCCCGCUCUAUUCCUCUCCAGCUCCCACAACUCGUGCUUCACCGCCACCUUUGUACUCUUCCCCGGCUCCGACUGUCCGCUCGUCUCCGCCGCCCCUCUAUGGCUCGCCUGGUCCAAUUGUUCGGGGACCCCCGCCUCCACUCUACUCAUCUCCAGCUCCAACCGCUCGACCAUCGCCACCACCACUGUAUGGUUCACCGGCUCCAACAGUAAGACCCGCGCCACCGCCAGUUUAUUCCUCUCCGGCACCGAUUGCUCGAGCUUCACCGCCCCCGUACUAAAGCAUCGAACGAGAUAGAUCGA